CAUGAAUUUCUUUGUUGCACCAGUUUCUUCUUUUACAGAAAAGAAAAUAUCUCCUCUUUUUUUCUUUUUUUUUUAUGUACUCAAAAACUUUUGUAAAUAUUAUACUUGCCCUAGGCAUGAGAUAUUUCAAGAAAAGAAAACAGCUUUGCAAGAAAAUAUUACUUCUUGUAAUAUAAGAAAAUUGUAUAUUUCAUGUAUCAUGUACAUUUUGAAUAUGUCCUGUAGUUUUUAUAUGAUAGGAGUCUGAGUUGUAGAUAAGAUUAAAGCCCCUGCAUCCUCAUACCUUACCAGAACUGGGAAUUUGGAUUGUCAAGAAAAAUCCUUUCCAUUGUGUACCCAUUAUGUUAACUAGCUUUAUCAUUGCUAGUGCAUUGGUGGCUGACAGCAGGUAGUAUGCAUUUAUUCUGGUCAUCCAGGGACCUCUUCCCCACACUACUUAUUUGUCCUGGAUAGAACUAGAAUAACCAUUCUACCCUAGCUGUGUCCUUGUUAGUUUGUCCCUGCUCCUUGAAGCACAAGAGAGUAAGCCACAAUACUUUCAAUGAGUACUUUCAAGGGGAAACAUGCUCUCAAGAUAUGUAAGUGUACAAACAUAAGGUAGUGCCUAUUAAACAGAUGUUCUCAAACAUGAACUGGCAUCUAAGGCUUAACAUUUUUAUUUAAUAGCUCAGAUACCGAAUGUGCCUUCUUCAGAACUAAACACAGAAGUAAGAAACUUUCAGAUGCCUGUCACAGUAGUAGUAGCUUAUUUUUCAUGAUCCUAAAACAAAGAUGACUAGAAAGAAAUGUCUUGUAAGUAAAAGAAUAUAGGGUUGCAGUGUUUUACUGUGUUUUGCCAACCUUCAUUUAUUUAAUUUCUCUCCUGAACUGACUAGUGCUGAACCAGGUCAUCUAAACCAAGAAAAUAGAAAGAAGAUGUGAACAAUAGUGUAUAGAAUAAAACUUUUUACUCAUGAAGAAAAAUUGGUUGACCACAAACAACUAUCAACAUAUUAGCUUCUUUGGUGAAGAUCUGCCCUCAGAUACAUGGUAUUCAAGUGAAUCAUAGGUGAUUCAGUUACCAACACCAAUCACAAGGGGCUCUGGUCUGGUUGGUCGCUUGCCACACCCUUCACCAACGAGGCGUCUUGCUCCAAUAAGGUCAAGCUUUCCACCUCUGAGUGCUAGUCCAUCAGAACUGGGAAUGGAUCCACCAAAGACAAACAAACCCUUGGGUCCACCAAGAAGCAGAGGCUCUCGUGGAGUUGCUCGAGGUGGAUCAAGGGCUGCAACAACAACCUCCAGGAUGAGCAGGGGAUCAGGAUCUUCAGGGUCAAGCAGAAAAGACUCUGAUACAGUUGAUGAGGAUGGUACCAAAACCCCAAAGUUAAACCCUCCUCGCAAGCCAACCUCAAGAGCCUACGGAUCCGUGCGUGCGAGGAUACGUGUCCGUGGUGGACGUCCUAUGAUGCAAGGUUUUGCCAACGUUGGUUCUGUGUUUGAUGAAGCAAAGUCAGAAGUGUUGCAUCCACAGAUCAUCAAAAUGGCUAGAAGAUCAGGGCAGCUCAAUCUUUGCAACAGAGGAAUGCAUGAAGUACCUGAUAAGGUGUAUCACAUUCAUGAGAUGGAUGCUGAUGAAGCAAAGAACAUGAUGAUGGGUAUGAGCAUGGAUAACACUGAUGAUGAUCGCUGGUGGGAACAAACAGAUCUCACCCGUCUGUAUCUCUCCUCUAACUCUCUCUCAUCUAUAUCUCCCAAGAUAAGCAACCUCAUGUCUCUCCAGGUUCUUGAUUUGUCAGACAAUUGUUUGACUUCCCUCCCUUCAACUAUUGGUGAACUGACCUGCCUUCAUCGCUUGAACCUAAGCCACAAUCGUCUUGAAGAAUUGCCAGCUGGACUUUUCCUUAUAUCAGAUUUAAGGUCGCUGCAGCUGGAUCACAACCAGUUGUCAUCUCUCUCCAACGACCUGGGAAAUCUCACAGUGUUGGAAUAUUUGGAUGUUUCACACAAUGCUCUGACAGAGCUACCUUCAAGUAUAGGAUACAUGCAGCGUCUCUCAAAGUUUAAUGCUUCAAAUAACAAGUUACAAGAGCUUCCAUAUGAAAUUGGAGAUUGUUUUGGUUUGAACCAACUUGAUCUAAACCAGAAUGAGCUGAAAGGCCUUCCAGAUUCUAUUGGUAACCUGCAGAAAUUAGAGCAACUCUACCUCCGCUACAACUCAAUCCAAAUUCUCCCUCCUUUACAUAACUGUGCAUCAUUAAAGGAGCUGCAUCUUGGUUUCAACUUCAUUAAGGAGAUAGAGGCCGAACAACUAAAUCAUUUGACCGGAAUAAGUGUGUUAGACCUUCGAGACAAUCAGAUUGAUGAUUUACCUGAUCAGAUAACAUUGCUUCAGGGGCUUGAGCGGCUUGAUAUUACUAAUAACAACCUGUCUACCCUUCCCUACCAUCUUGGCCUUCUACCCCAUUUAAAGUCCAUGCCAUUGGAUGGUAAUCCCAUGAGACUGAUUCGACGUGAUAUUAUACAACGUGGAACAAUGCAGCUCUUGAAGUACUUACGUUCAAGGGUUUCAGCUCCUGUCAAUACAUUCCCUGGUUUUGAAAAUACACCUGUUGACACAAACCUGAUAAUGGGAGAUAAAGCAAUUCCAGACAAGUACCAGAUGAGGACUACUCAGACAAUGGCAUAUAAUGAAAAAUCUGCAGAAGUUCCAGAUAAACUGAUUGAAAACGCUGCAGAAGCAGGAGUGAGAACAAUUGAUCUCAGUAAAAAUAUCCUUCCUCAGGUUCCAGAAAAACUGGAGAUGCUAUCACCUCAUGUAUCAGAAGUUAUGCUGGGCAUGAAUAAGCUAACAUCAAUCCCAGCAUUCUUUGGUACAUUUCGGCGGUUGCAGUUCUUAGAUGUGCAAGGAAACCAACUUACUGAUUUACCUACAGAUCUUGCACAGUGUCUGUAUCUUCGUGAAAUCAAUAUUUCUGCAAAUAGAUUUGAACAGUUGCCAGCAUGCGUCUAUGAAAUGGCACAGCUCGAAAUUUUAUUGGCUGGGGACAACAAAAUUACUUCUAUUUAUGUUGAAGGUCUCUCAAAGUUGAAACGAAUAGCAACUCUGGACCUCCACAACAACAACAUAGAUUUUGUCCCACCUCUGCUUGGAAACAUGACACAGCUAAGAACUCUGCAACUAGAAGGAAAUGCAUUCAGGGUACCAAGGACUGCCAUUUUAGCUAAAGGAACUCGAGAGAUCCUGGACUACUUGCGAACAAGAAUUGUUGAUCAAUGAAUUUGUUAAAGAUGUAAAGCAAACUUGUAUGUGGUACAUUGUAAAGGAUAUUCUCAAACUUUAAACUAUUGACCUCAGUAUUGAAACAUAUUCUCUGAAUAAUGAUUAGUUUACUAUAUGUAGGGAGAAGUAUAAAGGACCAGUUUAUUCUAUAAUAGAAGUGAUAAAAUAAUAUAAAUUCAAAUCCAUCCGCAUGCUCAUGUCUGUAUGUGUAAGAAAGUAUCUGUAACAUAAUCUUUGCCCUAGGUAUACCUUUUUAAGGAGCACAGUGACCCUUCAGGAAAUGAACAAGAAGCAGUCCAAACCAAUUAUUUUAUAGUAUGUGAUAUUGAAUGUAUUUUAUGCUUGUUGAGCAAGCAAGUUAUGCAUUCAUUUGAGAGGAGAAAUUUGUGAUAACUAGCUUAUUGAUGUAAUUCAGAGAGGAUGAAAGUUGAAGGGCUGAAAGUUAUUUUUAAAAGAUUUCAGGUGGUGGAACCUUGCACAAACACUGGCUUUGUCAUUUAAAUGUGUAUUUGCAUGUUUAGUAAUGUGUAUACACUUGUGUUUCCUAUACUUUUCAUAGGUACCAAGAUUAACUACAAGCUUUAAAUAAUUCAAUAUUGUUUUUAAUAUUUGAUACUGCUGAAAUUUGCUGUUACUGUACAUACUACCAAAGAGGUUAUAGGAAAAAUCUUAAAUAUGUUGAUUAUUCUUUACAAAAGUAUGAUAUAAAUGUACCUUUCAUAAUAUUUCCCAAAAUAUAACUGUGGUAUAUCAUAUUUCUAAAAUGGAUUUUAUUAUUGCACUGAAAAAAAAUCAGCUGUUUUGUAAUGUGUACUUAAAAUGUGAUUUGUAAAUAUGUUUUUACUGUGAACAUUGAUUCAGGAAUUCUAUACUCAUACUAAUUCAGUAGCAUAAAUGAUGAAUUAGGAGUUUUUUUGUGUAAUAAGUCAUAAUACUGUGUUUUUAGUUAUUUUUCACAUCAGUUAGGUGUACGGGAAAAUUGAGAAUAAAAUAAUUUCAAUGAAAUUAUAAAAUGUGCUAAUUAUAUGUGCUUAGUAAUGCAAACAGCUUAAAAUAAUUUACUUAACCUUAGUGAUGCAUUUUAGUUGAGGAUAUUGAAGAUAUAUAUAUUUAAUAUAACAUUAAAAGCUAUAUGUACCUUGUAUUUUGUGUUACUUUUGACUACAAGUAAUUUUAUUCUGCCAUAAAUUCACUCAUUUUAAUACUGUUAUGCUUUGCCUUCUACUUUCUCAUAGUCUUGUAAUGUUAAAUUUUCUAUUUCCUUUAACUUCUGCUAUAUUGUUGUUAUUGUUAGUAUUAUCAUCAUUAUUAUUAUCAUUAUUGUCAUUAUUAUAUUAUUAUUAUAUAUAUAUAUAUUUUUUUUUUUUUUCUACAUUAGCUCUUAAAUUUCUGACUUUUAUCUUGCCAUGUUCCUUGGUAAAUGGUUUCUUUCACAAAUUUAGUGCUCACAGUACAAAAGUAAGUACUAUAAUGCUUUAAAUGAUUUUAUACAGUAGUUGUCAUCAUUUAAUGGUCUUACAAAACUGCCAUUGUUAAUUUAUAAUCUUGUUUUCUCUAAAUGUAUUUUUAUAGUAUAUAGCACAGUUAAGUAUGACACACCUUUUUGGCUUUGUAGAAUUAAGAAUAUAUUCAUAUAAUUGAUUCAUUAGGUUAUUGUCUUAUGGAAAUUUUUAAUUUAUACUCUCACGAACAAUUAAAUAGCGACUUCAAAACAAUAAGUUGAAUGGUUAAUGGCUACAAAACAAAUGAAUGUGCUAGACAUCAGAGGUUAUUUAGCUUGAUAGGAAAGUGUAGAGGGGGUUAGUUUACGAUGAAAUGUGCUACAUAUCAAAAGUUGUACUGCAUAUUAGGAUGGUAUGGUAUUGAAAAGGGGAAAGAGUGCUGAUGAUAGAGAAGGAGAGUAAAUGAGUUAAGGUAGGCAUUAGCAAAAGGGGGAAAGGGGGAGGUUCAGGGGAAUUGGAUCAAAUGGAGGAUAAGUAUGCAUUUGAGGUAGAUGUCAAAUGUGUGGGAUUCCACAAGGAGCUAUUAUGAAUGGGUAUCAGAGAAGUAGGAAGUGAAAAACCUGGGGGAAAAAAAACUAUGGAAAGAAGUGACUUAUCAAGAGGUCGGUGACUUGGAAUGAAUUGAGCUUACAGCAGUUGUUGAGGAGGGGGUAGUAGUAGCAGCAGCAGCAAUGGAAGUUGUGAUCAAAGGAAAGCCAGGGGUAUGUGGGGAAGAGAAAGAUCACUCCUCAGGGCCCCCAUGAGAGGUAAAGGGUAGACAAACAGGAAUACCAGGCCCAUGGCUCCUUGAGGCUGUAUGAGACUGACAAAGCCAGCCAUUUAUCCUUUCAACAUAGUUCUUACAUCUUAGGGAGUGGACAGAGCAGGGGUUGGAGAAGAAAGGACUUUGUGAAUUUACUUAAGCUGAGGACUGAGGCCCAAGGGAAGGUCUGAAUGUGGGAUCUGUCUAUCCCCCCAAAAAACAUUAAUGGACAACAUUGGAUUGUAGGGAGGAGGGUAAUCAUUUGAGAAAAAAUAUAGUAUUAUAAAAUUGAAUAUUUAAUAAUAAUACUAAAUAUUUAAUAAUAAUACUAAUGUUUAUUUAUUUAUUUAUUUAAUUUUUAAAAUCUUUUCCCUAAAAAAUAAUGUAUGUUGCAGUCAGAAGCAUAUAUUGAGGUGAAUGUGUGUUAAUUGUAUGAAAUUUUCAGCUCCAUUGGCUGACCAUGUGAAAGGUCGUGCACCAUAAAACCUUCCAUCUCCCCUUGGUUAGUCCCCAUACCAUAAACAGGUGCUAGGAAAAUACCCUUGCCUGUCAGCAAAUAGGUCACACCUGACUCAUGCAUUCAUACUUCAUGUCUCAUUCCAACCCACCUCUCUGGUCCACAUUCAAUAUUCCUCUUUCAGUCCCACAUAUCCUAUUAUCCUGCCCCCAUGUUACUGAAGCCUGUACCCUUGCUUUUCCUAAUUUCCCCGACCCUCCAAACUGUCAGACAUCCCCACAGAAUCUCCCACUUUUCAAUUAACAGCCUGUUCUCCUUUGUCAGAUGUAUAAAUAUCCUCCAUUUGAACUAACCACCCUUUGUCUUUAACUCUUGCCCUUCUGUCAAUCCCUAUCCUACCCCAGAAGACAUUUUCUAAUAAAGAGCUUUAAGUUCUCUACCACCACAAUGUUACCAUUGUAUUAGAUGACCUUUGAUGUCUAGCCCUAUUUAAAAGUUGGCACGGUGCAGGAAAUCAUGUACGUAGUGAGUGAACUUAAGUCCUGAAUAAUUAUAAAUCUAAUGUCUGAACUUGACAAGUAAAUGGACUGUAAUGCUCUUGUACAGUAUCAAUGUAAUUUGACAAUAGUUGAUGCAGCUUUUAUUUUAAAAAUUAACAUGAUUUAAGUGACCAUGUAAUUAUUAUUGUCUUAUUUUCAUGUUUUCAGAUACUUCAUGCUAAACACUAACCCUCUGGCCAUGUUUAUGAAUAAUCAAGAGUUGCUCUGACCCUCAUUAGCACAUUGAAGGUCUGCUCCAAUUGCUGUAAUUUGGAUCAUUGCCCAGGUGCUGAGUGUAGUGAACUUAUGUAAGCCUGUCCUUAACAAUGUAUCUGAAAUUCAAUUUGAAAAUGUGGAGAGAUUUUUGAAGAUUUGUUGUUAUUAGUAGACAAACUAAGGUGGCUUAGAAAGUUGCAGAUUUGAUAGAAAAAAAAAAUCUUCAGGGGGAUACUGAAGGCUUAGCUAAUCUAGAAUGGACAUGACCUUAUUUUGUGUUCCAUAAAUUGUAAUACACAGGGUACUAACAUGUAAAUAUCAGACAUUUCCAAGAAUUUUCUGUAAUCAGAACUUUGUUACAGGUGCAAAACUUGUUAAAAUGCAUGCAUGUAUUACAUUACAGUAGAUUUCAUGGUCUAUGUAACAAAAACAUGUAAAAUAAGUAUUGUAUAUCCACCACCAAUAUGCCGUGGAAAUAAGUCAAGUUUCAUUCGUAAAAUACAUGGUUAAUAAGCCUUCCCAUUUUAAAGAAUACAUUUGGUUUCACAACUAUUCAAGUUUCAUGUAAAAUGGAAUUCCAUUACUACUAGACUUGAUAAGCUGCACUUCUAGGUAAUGUGUAUAAUCAGCAAUUUAUUUUUCUUUUAGAAUGGGUGACUUAUCUAUAUGAAAACACACAGUUGUGACCUUGAAGUUCUCUUGGAUGCAGUUAUUGCAUAUCAGGUGUAUAACUACUUUGAUUUUAUAAAGUGGUUGUUUUAUUUAUCUAUAUUUUCAAUUGUAUCCCAUCCCAAGGCAUUUAUUCCUUGUCUUGAAUUAGUGCCUAAUAUAGUGGGUAUAACAAAAUCAUAUCAAUAGAAUAAUUGAGUACACUAAAAUGGCAUCAUAGGUAUGUGCAUUUAAGUGAUGCAUAUUUUAUACAUACUCGCACAAUGUUCAACAUUUAGUUGUCAAUUUACUUUGCUAGCUUUAAUUUGGUAAAAUAUCCUAGGCUGUGAUAAAAAACAAUGACUAGUUAAUACUCAGUGUGAAUUUCUCCCACUACCUUUAGUAUCAAAAGGUUUUGUAACCAAUUUAUAUAAUUGUCCUGUGCCUCAACAGCACGUUUGUACUACUUGUCAGCCCUAAUUGUUAAGUAAAUUGCUCAUAACUUCAUUUAAUAAAUACUAAAACCA